GCACACAUACAGAAGGUGGGGCCAACUCCAUGGACUGGAAACUUGGGAUACUUUCAGAGCUACUUUCCUUGUCCAGUUUGACUACUUUAGAAGUUGUUCUACCACCGGUUGAUAGUCUGGUAACCAGCAAGCUAUUUGACAAGCUUGAAAGAUUUAAGAUCUCUAUAGGAUGGAAGGAGCAUAUAUAUAAUUGGGAAUUAGAGGCUUAUGGAAACUACUUGAGAGUUCAUGAUCUUGAUGCAAGAUCUCUUGUGAGUACUGGAAUCACUUUGUUGCUAAAGAAAACCAAGACUUUUGAGUUAAAAAUGAAGAAUUUGACAGAACCUCUGAAUGUCUUAGAUACAGAGUGCUGUUUUGCAAACUUGAAGUCUCUUGCACUCGAGGAGUGUGAAUCUUUGGAAUAUCUGAUUGACAUGACACUUGUAAAACCUACACCACAUAGUAGUGUCUUUCCUGUCUUGGAUCGUUUGGUUGUAUUUGGAGGAAGUAGGCUGAAGGAGAUUUUUCAUGGUGAGCUGCCAAUGGGAUCUCUUAAGAAACUACGUGAGAUGGAUUUACAAUGUCUACCUUCAUUGACCUAUAUUAUUUGGAAGACCGAAAGUCAUUCUGAAUGCUUGAGAAAUAUUCUAGGACUCAUUGAAGUCCUAAAAAUAAAAAACUGCCCGUCGUUGGAAGAGAUCGUUGCCUUGGAAGGAGCAAGACAUCAGGAGGAAGAAGCAACCAAAGAGAUCAACUUCCAAAGAUUGACAGAGUUGACUCUUGCAGAUCUACCAAGUUUCACUGGGAUAAGCAAAAAUAUCUAUAAAAAGGAGUUGGAAAGGCUACCGGAUGUUAUCAGUCUCUAUCCAAAUGUUUUGACAGUGGAACAUUCUAAUGUGUCCAUACAACAUCUGUUUGACACCAAGGUUCAAUUUCCAGUUUUACAAAGACUAAAAAUUGAAGGUAUGGACAACUUAAAAGGGAUAUGGAACAGCGAACUUUCACCUGAUUCCUUCUGUGAACUAAAAUUUCUAAUAGUGAACAGAUGUAACAAACUAUUGCAUUUGGUGCCAACACAUAUGCAAAAUAGAUUGCAGAAAAUGGAGUUCAUAUGUGCUUCACACUGUUCUUCACUAGAAGAGAUCUUUGAUUUCAGGAGAUCACCUUCACAUAUUUCCCAACCUGGCCAAGGGAUGCAAAGGAGCAAGAUCAUUGAUUUCAAACAAUCUUGUCAAGCCUUUCAGAAUCUAACAGAUAUAUCACUCUGGGAAUGUAACAGUGUUAGAAUUGUGCUCUCUCCUUCAAUUUCCGAGGGUCUUGUGAAACUCAAAAGUACUAAGGAUACGGCGGUGCCAGAAGAUUGAAGAAAUAGUAGUAGCAGCAGCAGAGGGUGAAGAAACAGAGGAUAACAACAUGUUUCCUCAGCUGAGUAAAUUGGUACUUCAGGAUCUACCAAAUCUUCAAAGCUUUUCAGAAGGCAAAUAUAAUUUUGAAUGGCCACUGCUGAAAUGUAUAGAUAUUGGAAAAUGCUAUAUGAAGCAUUUUUGUUUUGGAUCCCUCAGCAUUCCAAGGGAAGUGAUUAUAUAUGUUAGUGAUGCUGGUGAGAAUCUUUUGCAGGAGCUCAAUAACAGUAGAAAAGAAAUCUGAUCAGGUAUGCGAUUUCAUUUCUACUCGUUAUGCAGUAUGUUUGUUAGUGGAAUGAGCAUUGCGACGAGUGUGUAAUCUAUACAAUGUUGUGUGUGACUCAAAUUCUGUAGAUUUGGGCAGUGUUCAUCAUUAGCUCGUGGGGGAGUGAGUAUGCAGGAGCUUCUUGGUACAGCUUGGUAUGUUAUGUAUGUUUGCAAAGUUCCCUGCUCGAGCGGACUCACAGUUUGAGGUGAGGAGAGGUGGCAACCAACGGGGCUGUAAUUUCUGAUUUUAUGUUGAGUUUGGGCAACCAAUACUACUAGCUGUCUGAUGUUUCCCAGACCCAAAAGAAAAAAAAAUUGUUGUCUGAUUUUUUAAAACAAAUAUCUUCUUUCUUUUCAAUCUUUUGUAAAGAGCAAGUUGUUUUGUGGAAAGUUUUCUAGUA